UAAAAGCAAAGUUAUUUUUGCUUUUCUUAAAAAUGACAUCAAUUUUUUGCGACAAUUAAUCUAAGAAAAUUAAAGGAUCGUUAUUACAUUGUGUUCUUAAUUGAUUAUAGUCAGUUUUUUUUUAUUGUUUACGUCAACGUGAAAAGGUUUCGAUAGCCAAAAGUAUCGAGAUUUUGUUAGCAAUUUGAAUAUCGUUCGUCGGCGUUAAUUUGCUUCGGCAAACGAUAUCGACUUCGAUGCAUCGAUAGCAUUUCUACCUCGACUUCAACGAUGCCAGUUUUAAAUCGCUGCCACACAGUCACAGCUGUGGAGAGGAUGAAGAACUAGAGACGGGGACCAAUUAUAUCAAAGAAUCAGUAAGCGCCCAGUGAUUCGCUAAUACGAUUGGUCCUUGCCUUUAGUUCCUCUUCCCCUCUCCACGGCCGCGACUGUGCGGCGGCGAUCCAAAAGUGGCAUCGCUGCUUCGAUUAUCAUCCCUAGACCCAAGUGACAACGAGAGCGGUGAUAUUGUAUGGUAGCAGCCGCCGUGAAUGAGCGGCCAGAGUGCAACAUGGCGGACUGCGAGUCGGAGGUGCACCGCUUACCAGCCGUGAACCAGGACGGCAGUACGAGGAACGUAGCCGCGGCCGUGACAAUGGUGAACAACAACGCGCGUGUACCGCAGCAUCCUCCGGCCGCUGGACCGGACAAGGACCCAGUCGGCCAGGGGCCGCGGUGCGUAACGAUCUACAAGACGGAGACGGGCUUCGGGUUCAACGUACGCGGCCAAGUUAGCGAGGGUGGACAACUGCGGAGCAUCAACGGCGAAUUGUACGCGCCGCUUCAGCACGUCAGCGCGGUGCUACCGCGCGGUGCCGCCGAGAAGGCCGGCGUUCGCAAGGGCGACCGUAUUCUGGAAGUGAACAACGUCAACGUCGAGGGCGCUACUCACAAGCAGGUGGUAGAUCUGAUCAAAUCGGGCGGCGACGUCCUCACCUUGACCGUCAUCUCCGUGACGCCGCAGGAGGCGGAGAGGCUGGAGCCCUGCGAGGACCUGAGCUACGCAUCGGUGGACUACAGCGAGAAGCGAUCUCUGCCCAUCAGCGUGCCGGAUUAUCACGUCCGCGAGCGCAAGCACGAGCGUUACGUGGUCUUCAACGUCCACAUGGCCGGCAGGCACUUGUGCUCGCGCCGAUAUCGGGAGUUCGCGGCGUUGCACAUGGCGCUGAAGAAGGAAUUCAUAGGCUUCAAUUUUCCGAAGCUACCGGGCAAAUGGCCAUUCCAACUGAGCGAGCAGCAGCUUGACGCGAGGCGACGCGGUCUGGAACAGUAUUUGGAGAAGGUUUGCGCGGUACGCGUAAUAGCGGAAAGCGACGCGAUGCAGGAAUUUCUGACGGAUCGAUUGGAGGAGGACGGCGACCAGGGUCCGGCGGUAGAUCUCAAGGUUCUGCUGCCCGAUCGCGAGGUCGUCACCGUCACCGUUCCCAAGGCGGCGUCGGUGAAGGACGUCUACGACGCGGUCUGCUGCCGAGUAGGCCUGGACGCGGAAACCGCCAAGUAUUUCUACCUGUUCGAGAUUGUCGAGUACAAUUUCGAGAGGAAGUUGCAACCUCACGAACAUCCGCAUACCUUGUACAUUCAAAAUUAUUCUACUGCCAGCGCGACGUGCCUGGCGAUAAGGAGGUGGCUCUUCAAUGUAAAUAGGCCUCUGAGCGAGCAGGCGUUGACUUGGAUAUUUUGGCAAACGAUCGACGAAGUGAACAGAGGUCACAUCACCGCGGGGGAACGGCUGUACCAGUUGAAGGCUCUGCAGGAUGCGUCGAGAAAGCACGAGUAUCUAAAAUUAGCAAGGGAACUCAGCGGGUACGGCGACAUCGUGUUCCCGCAUUGCGCGUGCGACUCGAGGAAGGAGGGCCACGUGGUGCCGGCGGUUGGCACAGCGGCGUUCAAAUUGCACGCCGCGAAGGAGGACGGCACCCUGGAGUCGCAGGUCGUCGAAUUCCAAUGGAGCACCAUCGCCCGGUGGGAGGUAGACGAGGACGGGAUGGCGUUCUGCUUCCAAUACACGCGCCCGGACAACCGUCCGCCCCGUUGGCUCAAGGUCUUCACCCCUUACUAUACGUUCCUCUCGGAUUGCUUCGAUCGAAUAGCCGAGGAAGCAAAGUGGGAUGACCCAGGGGAAUGACGUAACAUACGACGCUAAGAGGUAUCCGGCAUUGUAACGUUGAACGGUCCCUUUUCGCGGGAUAUCUCGGCACUUGGUUUCACCAUAGUCGCGAAAUCUUUUCUUACUAGAAUUAGGGCAGUUUUUAGAAACGGUACCGAGAGUUAGCACAGAUACCUGUAGCAUAUCAAAUUUUCCAAUCUUUUGGCUUGGCCAAACAUUACUAAUGCUGUGCACGAGAAAGAGAGUGUUUUGCCCACCACAGUCAUCGAAAGAGUCAAACGCGCGCGCGUGCGAAUGUAGAUACAACUCGGUGACAAAACAAAUACUUCUAAUUCCAGAGGAACGAAAUUCGAUGGAUUAAAUGCGACGCUCGCAAGUAAUCUGAUCGAAAACGAAAUGUGAUGUAUAAAUUUCAAACCGGAUUUGUAUUAUACGUCGCACUCGUCCAUGACCUGGAGGUAGUCUUGACACAGCUUACAGGCAGCGUGUAAAAAAUCUGAUUUUUAUGCAUCGAUAUAGCUGGGACUUUUGUUUUGUCAAUGAAACACACGCCGAUUUUUUUUCCCUUUCGUUACGAAGUGAACAAAGUCGUGCACGCGAUUACAUGUAAGAGAAUAACGUUUAGUGUACAUAGACUAUUACUAUACUUCGGGGAUACACGCGGUUAUCCUAGAAGUCACCUAUCCUUCUGGCCUAUGAUAUUAUUAUACAGCACGCAACUCGUUUUAAAGCGGGAGAAUCGAUCGUCUUACGUAAAACGUUCCUCCUUGUUCGCCUAAUAGACUCGAAACUCAUUUUCUUUGGAUCUACGUAUCGAUCGUGCGUUUAGAUGACAGAAAUAUACCUUGUGCAUUUUCUAAUGUGCAAUAUUUUAUAAAGGUCAACAAUAAUUUGUCAAUUCGUUACGCAGGAUUUUAAAACAAGAGGUACCGCUUUUGCAUGUUUGUAAGGGAUCUCAGUAGUAUCGACAGCGCGUCCAAUUUAUCGCUGUGGUAGAUUUCACUCAUUAUUGUUUGCAAUUACGAGUAUGUAAAAUAAGAAACCAGCUGCCAGAAGCCUGAAAGUGUCUGAGAAGAAAAAAAGAAGAAGUAGAUACAUAUCACGUUCAUCACCCGUGGCUUACAAACAGGAAAGAAUUCUUACUUACCUUCUUGUUUUAAACUAUCCUGUGUAACAAACGAAUUCCUAAUGCACGCGUGGCUACGGCUAGUACUACCACGUGUCCCGUAAUCAAUGUGUAACGUAUCGAUUAGUCCUCUACACAUUUUGUUAAUUCAUUAGCAUGUAUAGAGCAUUAGCGUUAAAAAGUAGAACAAACUGUACAUAUUAACGUUACAAAUAUAUAAUUUUUGAGAAGAAACUCAGUUGUGUACGUGUGUGUAUGCGUAUAUGCGUUUUAAUAAGAUCGUUAACGACUUGAUGGGAUAAGAUUGUUAACUGGGUGUCGCGUAAAUGAUAUACUGCGCGAAAAAUGAAACGACGAUCUAUUUAUUACGCAAAAACUGUGCGAGUGCAUCGCAAGUGAAUCGAGAAGGAUUGUAAUAAGAGUCGAGGAUUAUUUUCAAAAUCGACGUUUUCGAUUGAGAAACUCUAUUUCGGGCUACUCCCCCUUAAUAAAUUUAUAAAGAUACUGUGCAAUGAAAAAUGCGAUGUUAAUGCUCAUCUUUUGAUUAUAUAAGCGUCCGUCUACCGGAUUUAGUGAAGGAGGAAAAAUCAUAAGAGUUCCAAACAAUAAUGUAUUAAGUUUACGUGGUUUUCUCUAUUAUCUUAUACGAAGAAAGAAUAAUACUCAUUAAUAAUGUUAAAGAAGAUAUUGAUAAUAACAGCAAGUAAGAAACAUAUAAGGAUAAUGUUAGUAUUACUCUGCGCGUUGCGGCAUUUUGCAAAAGGCUGUAACGUGCGAUUUGGCAUAGGUGUCCACAGUAGAAAGUGAAUAUUUGGAGCGAGUUCUCUUGCACGCUAUGCCCAUGAUCUGACAUUUAUUUUUCUCUCUCUUCCUAUUUUCUUUCUUUUUUCCCCCUCUGUUAUACAUCCUGCCUUCUCGCAGUGCUUAAAUCCAGUCGUUCUAAACAUGUCGCUUAUUUAAUUGCGAGCAAUUUCAACAGAUAAUAAAUAGAAAAAUAGAUAUAUAAUUACCGUUAACGUUUUUAAACUUUAUUCAUGGAGUAUCGAGCGCGUGCGACAAGUGGAAAAUGUAUGUGACAAUGUAAAAUCCGUAUGAGAGGGGAAAAAAAUAUAUAUAUAUGCUCACGAGAGAGCAUAGUUAUGAUACUGUUAAUGAUGAUAGAAAUAUAGAACAUAACAUAGUAUAAUUAUAACGCGCGAGUAUCCAAGUGAACAUACAUACAAGACGAUCGAUAUACGAUGUGUGACAUAUUCACGCGUGCACCUAGAUAUUCGAUCGAGCGAACAAGAUAGUUACAAUAAUGGUUUCUAUUGUUUUCUUGGUAAAGAGAGAGAGAGAGAGGGGGGGGGGGGGAGGGAGAGGUAAAGAGGUAGGUUUUGUGAGAGAACUGUGUAAAGUAAUCUGUGAGUUGUAGUUAACAAUGCGUCCGGCAAUGUUAUUACUGGUGAUAGAUAAACCGAAUGAACCUUCGAGUAAUUAUCUAACGUUAUAUGUAAUUUAGGAUCCGCAAACGAGAGAAUUAGCGAUGCUGAAUUAGCGAUAUGUUUAAUAAUACUUCCGCACGAUCUGUUUGAUCAGGCGAUAAUAGUGAGAUAUGAGCAAUCCGAAGGUCUCAUGGGUUAUUAUAUUAUCGACAGCAGAAAGAUUCUCUCGAAAUACGCGUCAGAACCUCCCGUGGUUUCAUUGAUUUGGUGAAGUAAUCGGAAGAAUAUAUUUUCUUUUUUUUUUUCUCGAUCGGAAGAAAGAAAGUCUGUGGCAUGGUCACGUUUGGAGAAUGGCAAUAAUAUUUAUAAAGAAUCUGCGGGUUAAUUGGUAGAGUUAAUUGGUAGCGAGUAUUUUUUGAGGAAAUCGUGCAGGGUGAUCGUCGAAAUACGUCCAAGUUGAAUUUAUGACUUCUGAUGCGAAAGAUCUGAAAAUAGUUGGAUUAAUGAUAUUUUGUACAGUUUUGUAAAAUUAUCUUUAUCUUGACAGUAUUUUUAUUACGAUUUCGUCAUUGCCUUUGGACAAUGUUAGUGUCGUAAGGUGAACGAAUGUUUCUCGAGAGUUGUCUUUCAUUUCACGAAGCUGUUCGAUAAAAAGAUUUCGUUUAUUUUGCGUUUGUCGUUUUGCCAAAAAUGUCUCUCAUUAGGAAAUCUACCAAUUCGUUCGAUUGUUUGUUAUCUCGUUAAUUAGCGCACUAACGAGCCUGUCAAACGCAGAAUGACGAAUUAGAUAGUAUAAUUUAAUUAUUGUUAUUACAAGACCAUAUCAUUACGGUUAACUCUCUUUAGGCGUUAAUUAAAAUAUUCUGUAUAAUCAUAGUACGUAAUAACAAAUGCUCCAAUUUACCGUGUAACAUCAGUUCGCGAAACGUUUGCUGUAAAACUAGUAUUUCGAAUUAGCAAGAGAAGUAUUAUUCAAUUUCUUUAUGAGCCAUCUUAUUGAAAAGCGUAUAAUAAAAACAAAAGAAAUAGAA